GAACUUUCUUAAUUUUUGUGUUGGUAAUGUGAAAUAUAACUCCUUUAGCAAAAAUGCCGAAUCACUGUUGCAAGAAAUUUCACAAAGAGUAUAUUUUACUUGUAUUUUUAGGUCCUGUACCCUUCAAACUUCCUCUUCAUUGAAAACGUUUUCUACAAUGACCUAAGAGCAACAGGGUCGAUUGAUUAUUCAGAAGUUAUAAGAGAAUGGGCGAAGGAAAAGAACAUAAAGGAUCUGAAGACAGCAGAUAUGGAUGGCACAUUCGUCAAGGAUUUAAAACCUCGCAUCGGUUAUCCAUAUGUGUAUGUGCACCAAGGCAACUGUGAACACCUAGUGGUCUUCACCGACGCUCGUUUGCUCAUGAAAGACGACUGCCUUUGUCCAUAUGACUAUCCCUACGUUAUGACAACGAACCGGCAAUACUCGAGGAAAUGUGCCAUUUGCGGUACCAAUAACGCACAAGUUGUUUGCACGGAAUGUGACAGAUUACCUAACGAACAUAUGCUUAUGUGUCAAGAAUGCUUCGACUCUUAUCAUAACGUCGACGGCAGGAAAAUCGAUUCUUGCAAAGCGUAUGCGUUUUCUGAAAUAAUUGAAGAUGAUAAUGAUGAUAAAUAAUUAAUCGUUUAACAUAAGAGUGAAACUAAAAAUAAGUAAUACUGAAUAAAAACAUUCCGAAAUGGUAUUCUAUUUGUUUCAAUAAAAACUGCAAUUACCAUUAGUAGUAAUAAAGGAGGGACACUGCAAGUCGAUGACCUGUCCAUCAACUUCAUGCCACUUUUUGGCAUUCAGAACGUCUUUCUAAAUCAUUCUUCAGCCAAAGAAGUUAAAAUUCACCCCUUUUGUCAACUGUACCAGAAGUUGUUAGACCUUCUGGAAUUAUCGUUAGAUGGUGAUGUAGCCCAUUUAAGUUUGAAUUUUCCUCGUGAAGUUCAUGCUUUUCAGAAGGAGUGAGAGAGUAUGGAAAAGGGGUGAUGGUAUUAAGAGAGAGAGGGGAAGAAGAUAUUUAAGAAAUAAGAGAAGUAUGGAGGAAGCGAUUAACUAAAUGGCUGAAGUGGCUCAGUGUCAUGGGGAUGAUGUAUCAGUUAUCUGGGACGAGUCGGAGCUGUCAGCGAUGCUAGAGGAGUUCUUCCACAACGAUCAGUUGGCGAGCAAAACAGAAUGGUCGGUGAAGGAAACCCAUGCAUAGAUGUAGCCACGGAAAGGUUAGCAGUGCCUGUGGCUAGUACAUCGCGAACGACGGCAGGGGGCAGUAAAUCCAUAAGUAUGAAGCCUAAGAAGCGGACGUACAACAGAAGAGUGCCGGGCGGUCCAUUAUAUUCUUCAAAGCUUGUAGACCAUGUGGAGAAGCACUGAAGACUAAUGCGAGAUGCGAAAACGGGAAGGUGAAAUAAAGGAACAUGACAUGAAGGACGCUUCAUGUUUGGAAUAAAUAAAGCGGAAAGAGAAAGAAUUGCAGGACCUGAAGAAAGUCGUGAAAACAGCAGUAGGUCGGUGGUGGAAGGUAGAAAGUGAGUGGAACAGGUGGAGAAGAAGUUAAAUGAGUUGCAGACACAAUUGUUGAACAUACUUAAUUAAUAGUGUAAAUACAGUAAUA